AGAUGUGUUCCUGCAGAGGCGCAGCCAUGUGGAUCCUAGCGAGCGUCCGGAGCAUCUCCAUUUGGUAUGGUCAUCCAGCUCGAGGCAUCAAGCUCGCUCAUGGCCUGCGUAUGCGGUCGUUCGUCAGGAACAAGCAGUCGCCUUCUUCCGAACAAAGCAAAGCAUCCAUGAUGGGCACCAGGGGUCACCGGAUACAUAUCAGCUGCCCGUCGCUCUGGUGCUUUCUCUCUUUAACGACUUUCUCAGUGUCUUCAUGACGUUGUAGAUCUCUUUUACUCACAUUCGUUAUUUUUCUUCAUACUAGUCACUCGUUAUACUAAUAUUAGCAUGUCGUUCUCAUCACUCUUUUUGCGGACUGCCGCCGUCCUAUCCGCCCUUUCGUCCACCACGCUCGCUACUACCUACAAACUUCAAGAUGUCCACGAGGGUUCGUCGUUUCUAGAUGGCUUCAACUUCUACUCCGGAGCCGAUCCUACCCAUGGCUUCGUCAAUUACAUGUCCGAGGCCGACGCGUCCAAGGCCAAACUUGUGAAGGCGAUCGGAAAGGACACCUACAUUGGUGUGGACUACACCACGCCUCUAACCACCAACGGUGUCGGCCGAGGCUCCAUACGUCUCGAAGGGAGUAAGACGUAUAACAAGGGUCUCUUCGUAGUCGAUAUCAAGCAUAUGCCAGGAGGCAUCUGCGGUACCUGGCCUGCCUUCUGGUCGAAUGGUGUCGGCGAUACCUGGCCCAAGCUCGGCGAGAUCGAUAUCAUCGAGGGCGUCAACCAGAACAACUUCAACAAGAUGGUACUUCAUACCGAUACGGACUGCAAGACGGACGGCAAGGGUCAAACCGGGACGCAGUCACUGUAUGACUGUGCUCUCGACAGCGCUUCCGGAACUUCCGGCUGUGAUGUGAACGCCAAGGAGUCCACGACUUUCGGAACGGAUUUUAAUAGCAUCGGCGGAGGAGUGUACGCCAUGGAGUGGACCAGCGAGUCCGUCAAGAUGUGGUUCUUUCCCCGUGGAAGUAUUCCGAAAAGCAUCACUGCCGACAAGCCUGACAUUUCCGAGUUUGGUACACCCACCGCCAACUUCCAGGGUGCCUGCGACAUGGAUGAGAGGUUCAAGAACCAUCAGUUCAUCUUCGAUACGACCUUCUGCGGUGACUGGGCGGGCAACGUCUAUAGCCAAUCUUCCUGCCAACAGUAUCCCGGCCUUGGUAGCGUGGACUCCUGCGUCAAAUUUGUUGCCGAGAAUCCAUCUGCUUUCGAGGACGCAUAUUGGCUUAUCAGCUACUUCAAGACGUACCAGGCGGACACUCCGGUUUCGAGCUCUUGGUCGGCAUCGAGCACUGCCCGCUCGACGAGCUCUUCCAUCCAGAGCAGCUCAGCGCAUACCCCGACCACCUCUUCGCACGUUUUGUCCGGCUCCUCCGUGGCCUCUAGCUCAACUUCUUCCACGGCAGCCAGCUCAAUCACCUAUGACUCUAGCUCUGCUUUGUCGUCUGUCGUGAGCUCCACCGCUUCCUAUGGCUCCUCCUAUAGCUCUGCUUCUUCCACCGGAUCUUCGUACAGCUCUGCUCCUUCCAGUAGCUUCGUCUACGGCUAUUCCUAUGAAAGCUCCUUAGCGGCCGAACACGGCUCACAGAGCUCUUCUAUCCCCGUCGCCUAUGGUGGCUCGUCUACUCCUGCCGGCUACGUCAGCUCGUCCACCCCUGUCGGAUACGUGUCCAGCUCCGCCGAUAGCUACGGCUACCGCAGCUCAUCCGUCGACCACGCCAGCUACGCAUCGUCUACCCCCGUGAAGUAUGGCUCGUCGAAGUUAAGCAGCAAGCCUUGCAGCACUUCGACACCAGCGCAUCACCCGAGCUCGGCCUCGACUCCGGUUCAGUACUAUGCUUCCUCAUCCACACCUGCGGAGUACUACGGAGCCUCUUCAUACACGCCUGCUGGCUACAAGGCGAGUUCGGUUCCUACAUAUGGAAACGGCUCCGAGUCCAGCUCGGUUCCCUCCUAUGAGUAUGAGACUAGCUCCGUCCCGUCCUACGAAUACACCCCCAGCUCUAUCCCCUCCUACGAGUCCGCCUCCAUCUUGGCACCCUCCUACGAGCACCAAACCUACACCACGACCUACACAACGUGCUAUGUCGACAUCUGCUCCACAGGCUACACUACAAUCUACACCACCCAAACUGUAACCUACUGUCAGUCUUCCACCCCCUUUGGCGCUUCCUAUGCUCCUCCUCCACCUCCCGGAUACACAGUCACGACCAAGUACUGCGCCAGCGGCUGCGCUGAGACACCGGUUGCGGUUACACUCACGCUGCCGGUGACGGAGUACGUUACAAAGAGUGCUGAGACGCCUACACCCUCCUCGGCGAGCGGAAUACAGUACGGAGGUUGCUCUACGUGCGCGGAUAUUUAUCCGACCAACCUUGUGUAUACCCACGGCGGCCAUGGCGAGCAUAAAUCUUUCCCACUCACACCGACGCCCUCGGUGUAUGCGACGAAGAUCGUCACUCUUUCCGUUGUGCCCGUGCCGUCGAGCGAGUAUUACGCGCAGCAUCCCUCUCCAGUGCCCGUUGCUCCAUCAUCUAUUGUGCCGUCCAAGCCCGCCCAGGACGACGCCCAAUACUUUUCUCUAGCAUCCGUUUCUCCAUCGUCCGUUGUGCCACCAACGCCCGCGGAGAGUCCUCUGUGUGGCCGCACGGGCUGCCACUAUGAGGGUGGUAACAUGACCAUGUCGUACGGAACCGGCACGGGCGUGCCUGUGGCUAGCAAGACGACCGCGUAUGACGUCCCGUACUUCACCGGCGCGGCUUCGAGCGUCAAGUUUGGGGGUGUGAUGGCUGGCGGAGUUGCUGCGGCCGUGGCGAUGUUCUUGUAGGCUCGUUCAACGUUACGCGUUUCCUUGUGUUAGUAGACUGAGAAAGAAUGGGAUACAACAUACGCCAUGUCUUUCGUUAGAUUUCGAACUAAUUCUGAGUUUCUAAUAACCGCAUCUU